CACUGAUGGAGUCUCCAAUGCCCACCCUGGCCAUCAGCUCCCUCUACUUGCUCUUCCUCUGGCUGGGGCCCAAGUACAUGCAGCACCGAGAGCCUUUCCAACUGAGGAAGACACUCAUUGUCUACAACUUCAGCAUGGUCAUCCUCAACUUCUAUAUUUUCAAAGAGCUCUACCUCGGGUCACGAGCAGCUGGGUACAGCUACCGCUGCCAACCAGUCAACUACUCUGAUGAUGUGAACGAAGUCAGGAUAGCAUCGGCACUCUGGUGGUACUACAUUUCCAAAGGUGUGGAAUACCUUGACACAGUCUUCUUCAUCUUGCGUAAGAAAUUCAACCAAGUCAGCUUUCUGCACGUGUACCACCACUGUACCAUGUUCAUCCUCUGGUGGAUUGGCAUCAAAUGGGUGGCUGGAGGACAGUCAUUCUUCGGUGCACACAUCAAUGCAGCCAUACAUGUCCUCAUGUACCUGUACUACGGCCUUGCUGCCUUUGGGCCCAAGAUCCAGAAGUACUUGUGGUGGAAAAAGUACCUGACCAUCAUCCAGAUGAUCCAGUUCCAUGUGACCAUUGGCCACGCUGGUCACUCACUGUAUAUUGACUGUGACUUCCCCCACUGGAUGCAUUGGGCCCUAAUCUGCUACGCCAUCACCUUCAUCAUCCUCUUUGCCAACUUCUACUACCGGACAUACCGACACCAACCACGGCGGGAUGGAUCUGUCAAGGGCGGCAAGGCCAUAGCCAACGGUGUUUCUGAAGAAAUCAACAGCAGGGUGGAAGAGAAUGGGAGGAAGCCAAAGAAGGGGAGGGCAAAGCAUGAGUAGGGGAGUAGACAAGUAAGCCUGGCUUUGAUUGCUGGGAAGGACAAAUGUUUUCUGAGAUCUGGGGGGUGAAGUUUUCAGAUAAGGAUGGGGUGGUCGGGCCAUGCUGCCUCUGGCUCUUUGUAAAUGUGAUUGUGUCUAACUUGUGCAGGAG